UGUAUUCAUGAUCAAGGAGGAGAAUUCAUUGGUCAUGAUUUUCAGUUGAAACUACAGCAGUGGGGAAUUGAUGAUGCAUUCGCAACAAGCAAGAAUCCAACUGCUAAUGCUAUCUGUGAACGAAUGCAUCAGACUGUUGGCAACAUCCUACGAACAAGAUUCAACAACAACAACAUGGCUCCCAAUAUUCAGACAGCGACUCGAGCAGUUGACGAUGCUCUUGCUGCCUGCAAUCAUGGCAUGAGAUGUUCUGUUUCUCAAUCUUUGAAGAACAACACCCCAGGUGAAGUCGUAUUUGCUUGUGAUAUGUUGCUCAACAUUCCUGUGAUUGUCGAUCUUUUGAUUAUACAGGAAAAGUGA